CACAUUAUCAACCGUUACGAUCGACGGCUGCGGUAGCAAUUUCGUCAAUGAUUUAUUUUUUUGGUGGAGAAAGUUUAACCAGAGAAUCUACCAGAAUUUUAUACGUAUUAGAUCCAAUAAAAAUGGUACUUAAAAAAGUUAUGGGACAAAGGGGUGAUAUACCUUCCGCACGUAAAAUGCAUUCUUUAAACGCUAUAGGUACUCAAUGUAUAGCUUUAUUUGGUGGAAGGUGUCUUAUGAAUGGUAAUUCUCCAAGAGAGUAUGAUACCAAAGAAUUUCACAUUUACGAUAUUUCAACGAAGAUUUGGACCAUGUAUCGAGAUUCAUAUGAUCAUGUUCCGUAUGCUAGAAGUUUACAUUCUACAAUUAUUUUAGAUUAUAAUUUUUAUGUAUAUGGAGGUCAACAAAUAACAUCGUCAACUCCUGAAUCUCGAAUUCAUGAUGAUGAUGAUUUAUGGUGUUUUACGUUUAAUUCUUCACAACAAGAAGAUUCAACAGAUGAAGAACAGAAUACACCAGAAGAAAAUAGUACAAGUAGUAAAGGUAGUAAUGGAUCACGUAUAUCAUCAUCAUUUCAACAAGAAAAAUGGCAAAAAAUAUUUUCUCCGAGAAAUAAUACUUCACCCGUAUUCUCAUCUGGACUUGGUGGAGAAUGGCAUACUACUACCGGAAAUAACGUAGGCAGAAGGUGUGGAGCAGCAAUGUUUAGUGUCGGUAAAAGAGUUGCAGUCCUUGGGGGAUUUGAAAGAGAUAAUUGGAAUAGAGAUGAUGAAAAAGAGAAUACAAACCCUUGGGAAUUAUGUAAAUUAUAUUUACCCGAUAGAAAAAGAUGGGAUCAAGUUAAAAUCACCGGAUUUCCUGAAAUGGAGUGUAUCGCUAUUAAUUUGGAACAUAAUGGUGUUUUCGUUAUGGGUAGAAAAAGAGGAGAUACCGAAGAACAAGGUAUUACUAUGGGAUGGAUUAGAGAAGGGUUUUCCAGCGGUUAAACAAAAUUUUUUUUUUAUUCGUUUUUACCUUUAAAUAAUUUCGUUUCGAUACAUUUUUUAAGAUUAUCCUUUUAUAAAUAUGAUAUUACAAACAUAGACUACAUAAACAAAUUUUGAUAGA